AUGGCACACCAACCAUACCUCUACAACGUCGUCAGCAACAACUCUCGUUUUCCAGAGCCGAAGUUCGACCCAAAGGCAGUGACCCGCGCAAGCUGGGAGCCGCAGCCACGCAAGCCGAAGCCUGAGGGUCCUCUAGUUACAUUCAACCGCCAUCCCGAUGCUCAUCUGGUCCUCAACCAUCGAUCCAACAACUAUGUUUCCCUCAGUCCUAGAACGAAGGGCUGGAUCAAGUACAUGCGCAUCGUUCAGUUGGGCUUGAGGGUCCUGGAAUUCAUCGGUGCCGCUGGACUACUUGCCCUUCUCAUCCUGCUAGACAAUAUAGAGACUUUGGCCGGCUGGGUCAUGCGUAUCACGCCUGGUGUGGCCAUGGUGCAUUGCCUUUACGCCAUUUACCACCUUCACCGGCCCGCUGGAGACCGCAGUCCUGCCUCGUCUACCGCUUACCAGCUUUUCGCCAGUAUCUCGGAUCUGGGCGUUAUGCCCCUCUACGCCUACGGUGCUCUCAAUGUCAACAGCAGCGGCGCUACUUGGAAAACCCGCCUUGCCGACCAAAGCCUGCUGGAUGAUUUCCUCCCGGCCGUCUUCUACACCUUCAUUAGCGCAGGGGGGCUGCACUUGGUCUCCCUCGGCAUCUCAAUAUGGCUUGGUAUCAUGUUCCGCAAGAUUACCAGCCUACCCCCCGACAUGAACCCCCUAGAGGAUCACCUCACCUCCCGAGCCAAACACAAGAGAAAUAAAUCCAGUGUUGCGACCUCUGUGAGCGGCGACAGCGAAAAGAGAAUGUCUACACCCCUCGAGGGUCGUCGUCGAUCAGGUGCUCCGUAUGAGGACGUAUCUCGACCCCCUAGCAUCCCUUUUCAACGAACGCGCGCCGGCUCAGACGUUUCCAACUUCACCCGCAAUUCCUGUGCCGAUCUGCCCAGCCGCCAGUACCAAGUCAUUCCAGGGAAUUCACAAUAUCAAACAGCAGGCGCCAGCGAGUACGCUCGCAUGUCUGCGCCUCGAUCCUCGUACCGCGGGUCUUAUACCGAGGUACCGCUCCAUGAGUCCAAUGUCGCAGGAUCCCGAACUUCUCUCCCCUCCGCAGUCCCGACACCUGGAGGUAAAUUUACUGAAACGUGGUUUGCGACGGACUCGAUGAUUUCGCGGACUCAGAAGCGAAACCGCGCAAUGGACCAGGCCACGACCGCAGCGAAUACGCAGCAGCAAACGAGGACCAAGACUUACGAAGCCCUGUCCCAGCGAUACAACGUCGCAGAUUCCGACUCAGAGCGCGACGAGAACGAUCUUGCCGGCAGUGACUUCGAGAAUGAUAUCGGCAAAAGCCCUCACCCGAACCCGCUGAAGUCCAACCCGACGCCCCCCAAGAUCAAGACUCCGUAUUACUCGCUGCAGGACACAGCGUUGUCGGAAGUAGACCUCAACUCUCGUAGGGUCAGCGGUACUAACGACAUUGCCGACGAAAGACUCUCAUCGCUCGUCCCUCAGCCCUGGCCGCGCGACCGCGACAGCUCCAUCCAACCCGAGGCCGAUUUCUACUCCAAGCCAUACGGUGAGCUGAAGUCGGCAACUCCUCCAGUCAUGAUUGGCGGCAACCGCCAAGUAUCGUCUGGCAACGACUUCACAGAGAAAAGAUACUCGUCUGCCUAUGGAAGGCGUAAUGUGAGUGGCAAGGUCGCCGAGGAGGGUCUUGCGGGGUCGAAGGGCGUUUAUUCGCACUAG